AUGUCCGAUUCGACCUCAUUCCAGGCCAUCAACAAAUUACGGGGGAACUUCCUUCUCACUUCUCGACCGCUGGAAGAGUUGGGCAAGAAGCUCGCCUGCGCGGUAUUCUGCACCAUCUCAGCGCAGCGUGAAGACAUGGAGCUGCUUAUCGAGGAGAAAUUGGAACGCUACGAGAACCUGUGCCGUGUGCUGGACGUCAAUUCGUAUCGGAAGGAAUUGAUUAAAGAGGUCGUGGAAAAGGCCGAUGGAAUGUUUCUUCACGCCUCCCUCCAGCUUAACGCCCUACAAAAUUGUCGGACGCUUGAAUGCGUAAAGGAUAAACUCUCCCGGUUUCCACACGGCAUACAUGACAUGUACGCCGCCAGUAUGGAACGGAUACUCAGCCAAGAUCGUGAAUCCCGCCAGCUUGCAGAAAAGGUCCUUCUUUGGCGCGCGUUUGCCCAGGGACCCCUAUCCACGCAGGAUUUGCGAUACGCACUGGCAAUUCAUUCGGAGACAUUCGAUUUUGAUCCCUCCCGGAUGCCAGAUGAGGAGUCUAUCGUCUCCGUUUGCUGCGGGCUAGUGGAGAAACAUCAGGAAACUAAUGCAUUUAGGCUUAUCCAUUUUACGGCAAAGGACGCACUGGGCCCCCUUCUCCUCAAGGAUCAGUCAAAUCCCCAUGUCUUCAUCACCAACGCCUUGAUUCAUCGGCUGAUUUCCAGUGGUAUCAUUGACUCGGGGCGUAAACUCACCUGGCCGCAUGAGUUUCGGAAGAUCUGCGAGCAACACCCUCUCCUUCAGUACGCCCACAAAUUCUUGGGAUUUCACAUAGAUCGAUGUGAUUUGCCCCAGGUAUUCGACGCCGUCAAGGAUUUCCUUCUGGGGUGCACCGCCUAUCCUAUUCCCUGGAAUGGUUGGUUGAUCGACGUGCUCAGCCCUCUGCAUGUGGCUGUACACUACGGUCUACAUGAGCACUUCGGAAGCGUUGUCGAUCGUGGCUGGGAAGUCGACUCUCAGACGCCUACUGGUAGGACGGCUCUCUACAUGGCGUCUCAGAGUGGCAAUGAAUUGGCUGUACGAGGGCUACUUCGGUUCAACGGCAUAGAUGUCAAUAGGGCAACAUCGAAUAGCAAUGGAAGGACCGCCCUCAUGGUUGCCUCGGAAGUAGGCCACGAAGGGAUCGUGGUUCGGCUCCUCCAGGCCCCAGGGAUUCGCGUCAACGCAACGGACAACGUCGGGCACACCGCAUUGAUUAUAGCUUCAAUCAACGGUCAUGAACGAAUUGUAGCUCGCCUUAUCCAAGUGUCCGGCAUUCACUACAAUGCGACAGACUCCAACGGCCACACCGCUCUGACCCAUGCCUCGCGGCGAGGUUGUGAAGAAAUCGUCAGCCGACUUCUCCAGGUCCCGGAGGUUCGGGCCAGUCAUACUGUCGCCAAUGCACUGGCACUAGCGUCCCGAAAUGGGAACGAAACUAUUGCUGCCCGACUCCUUCGUGUUCCAGGGCUCCAAGUCAAUGCUGCUGACAGCAAUGGGAGGACAGCCCUAAUGGGGGCAUCGGAGGGUGGUCGCAAGGGGAUGGUUUCUCGUCUCCUCCUUGCUCCUGGUAUUGCCGUUAAUGCGACGGACAGGCAUGGGCGGACGGCACUAAUGCUGGCCUCGCGAUGGGCACCUGAAGGAACAGUUGAAGAGCUGCUUCGAGCACCAGGAAUUGACGUCAAUGCGGUCAAUUACCGCAACAAGACGGCACUAAUGUUGGCUGCGACCAACGGUCACGAAAGAACUGUGCAACAGCUCCUGGAAUAUCCUGGAAUUGUCGUCGACGCUGGGGACAACGAUGGGCGCACCGCGUUGAUGUUAGCCGCACUCCCCGGCCGUGACAGGGUCGUCACUCGACUCCUUCACUUCACAAGCAUCCAGGUCAACCAAAUAGCCAACCAUGGAUGGACAGCCUUGAUGCUAGCUUCAGCAAUGGGCCAUGUUCGAAUCGUUGCUCGACUCCUCGAAGCUCCCGGGAUUGAGGUCGACGCUGCAGACGAUUAUGGCCAGACUGCACUGAUGCUUGCCUCACGAAGUGGCCAUGAUCUAGUCGUGGCGCGACUGCUCCUGGUACCGGGCAUCCAGGUUUACAGGGCAGCUAACCAUGGGUGGACGGCCUUGAUGAUGGCUUCAGCCAACGGUUGCGGGGCCGCCGUCGAUCAGCUCCUUCACCACCCGCAAAUUGUAGUCAACGGGGCUGGAAACCAUGUACUGACGGCGCUGAUGUUGGCCUCUGUAAAUGGUCAUGACGGUGUCGUUGGUCGCUUACUCCACGUUCCCGGAAUCCACGUCAAUACAGUGGCGAAUGGUGGAUACACGGCGUUGAUGUUGGCAUCGCAGCUUGGUAGGGAUGCUGUUGUUGCUCGACUCCUUCAAGCCCCUGAGAUCGACCCUCAUGCCAUGACGGAUAAUGGAUGGACGGCGGAGAUGCUUGCGUCGGCCAAUGGGCACCAUAGGGUUGUUGCUCGUCUUCGGUCCACAGUUGCAUUCUGA